GCUUCUUCAACUUCAACUCUUCUUUGCUAAGUAAUUGAACUUCCAAUUUCAACAUCACCGUAUUAGAGAGUAAACUUUCAAAAACCUAAAAUUACAGAAGUUUUCACUUUUCAGUAUAGUGAGCAGCUAUGGGUGGAGAUACUACAACCCUUGAUUCCCCUCUCAUCUAUUCCACUGAAGAAUCAUCUCUUGAUCGAAACUUCCCUGAAAAUUCACUAGGCUCGCGUACUUUUCUCAGUGGUGGUGAUCAUUUUGGCUCAGAAAUGGAGAAUGGAAAAGCUGGACUAGGUUUUAUGGAUUCUGAGGAAUUCGUUCGAGCUUCUUCAAUUUCCUUGGAUGAGGUUAAUCGAAAGCGGGAAAGGAAUGUGUACAUGGAUGUUCUCAAGAGCUAUGAUGAACUGCACCUUCAUAAAGACCGUUUGAAAGAAGCCAAAAGUAAAAUCUUGAGAUACACCCCUGGAUCAUGGAUUGAGGAGGUGGGUGGCAUGAAAAAGAGCGAUUAUAAUAUACCAAAAAAGACGACACUCUUGUUGAUUGGUCCAAAAGCUUCUGGAAAAAGCAGUCUUGUUAACAAGAUCUCGAUGGUGCUUGAGGAUGAUCCCUUUACACCAGAAAGGGCCCCAGUAUCGUAUUCUUCUGUUGGAGAUGGGACAUAUUUUCUCCAAGAGUACACGAUACCAAGAGGUUCAAGUUCUUUUUGUUUGUAUGACACACGUAGUUUAUCAGAUGACUUGACUGAAAAUAAGAAAAUGGUGAAGCAAUGGAUGACAAAGGGUGUUCGUCAUGGGGAGCUAAUAAAGAGGGAUUCUGAUGAUGUACAUCUGAAAUCCAAAAUGAAGUCUAAAGCUCGCCGAAAUAGUUUGUAUGUCAUUGAGGCCAAGAUGGUUAAUUUUGUCAUAUUAGUUGUCAAUGCGGUCUCAAUUCUGGAAUUGAUGGACGGUGAUGAUGAAACCAAGAGACAAAAAACUCAAGCUGUUGCUACAACUUUCAACGACCCUCUUUUGUCAUUCGAAGAUGACAAGCCUGUUGUUGUGCUCACACAUGGUGAUUUACUUUCCCUUUCUGAUCGUACACGAAUCCGCAUGCAUUUGGGACAGCUGCUCGGUAUUCAUCCAAAGAAACAAAUUUUUGACAUCCCAGAAAGCGAUGAUUCAGGAACUAAGUUGACUAUACUUAACAUGCUUCGUUAUUGCCUCGAGCACGCUGAUAAAAAACUACCUUUCAAAAAUGACCUACCUUUCAAAGGCCCAUUUAGCUGCGAGGUGACUUUAUUGGAUGUCUUGGCGAUUCUUGUAUUAUUUAUACUGGCAUGUGCGUUUCUAGUGCAAUACCUGUAAUUAAGGCUGCUUAUCAGGCGGAUCAAAGGUAUCACAAUCGCAUGUAAGCAUCGAUUGGAAUGCGACUACCAAUCUUCAGCAUGAGGAAUUGCAACCACAUGAAAGUGGGGUUGAUUCUGUUCGCCAUAUUCACUCUGAAUCUCCCCAAUCAGAUGUAUACAUAGAUUGGGGUGCAAUCCGACACUUCUGAUUUGACUAAGUUUACUGAUGAGCUUGGAUGUAUGGAAAUGGAUGCAUUUAUCUAUAGCUGUUACGUUUCGAGAAUGCAUAACUUUUUAAAUGUAUAAACAGGGUAAGUUGUUUUGCUCUCCUUGUAUAUAGGAACUUUUAGCAGCAAUUCUCUUACUUGGAGGAAUGACAAUCUUUAGGAAAUCUUCGUAAAGUUGAUCA